AUGAGGUGGUUGCUGACUACAAUCGCUCUCAUACACCUGGCACAGAGCCAGAAAAUUGUCACAAAGGGCAGAACGAUUACGGUGAAUGAGGGUGAGCAGUUGGAGUUGCCAUGUUACGUACAGGAUCUCGGCUCGGAGUCGAUCAUCUGGCGACGGAAGGAGAGCCCUCUCUUCAUCGACGAGGAGAACCUUGCCGAGGACGAACGUAUGCAGGUCAUCAAAGACGGAUCGAAUUCAACGCUCACAAUUCUUGACGUGGAACCCAUGGACAUGAGUGACUAUGUAUGUGCUGUAUCGGAACCGGAACAGGAAAUCGUCUACAAAAUAAUCGUCCACUCUCCACCGACUGUCGUCAUUUCACCGGAUGAGCCGGAAUACCUGUUGUCAGUUGGCGACGAGCAGGUGGUUGUGCGAUGCUUGGCCAAGGGUAAUCCAACUCCGACAAUCAAAUGGUCUCGUAAGGACGGAAAAAUGCCAUCGGAUAUCUCAAUUCGUGGUCAGCAUCUGGUGAUUUCGAAAGCCAAAAAAUCGCAUUCGGGCGAAUAUGAAUGCACAGCGAACAAUGCUGCCGGCAGUGAUUCUGGCACGUUGAAAAUACAAGUAAACGAGCGUGAGGAUGCGGCGAAUCACGAAGCUCCCUGGGUGAAAACCGAACAUUCUUUCGUACCGGUCAAGAAGAACGCCGAUGUGAACAUUUCCUGCGCAUACGAUGGCACGCCCUCACCUCAAGCCGAAUGGUUCUUCAACGGAUAUAAAAUUAACUUCUCCGAAGAGAGAUUCCGCAAUACAGCUCAGUAUGCACAACGUCGUAUCAACCACACUAAUGCUAUUCUAACAGUGGUCGGAAUCAACGAGGACUCGUUCGGUGAUUACAUGUGCCGGAUAUCGAACAAUUUGGGCACGGCAUUCGCCGUAAUUCACGUGAGCGGUCGUCCUGGUCCACCAACCGUCCUACUAGAUGGAUCCGAUCUUUCGUGGACAGUACGAGCCUACGAGCCCGUGAUCGAAUAUCGAAUCUACUAUCGACACGAGAAAGCCGACGACUGGAACAAAUACGAGAGCAUUCGAGCAAGCAAAACUGACAACAGUGGCGAUGAUAUGUGGCAACACAGUGUUUCACUGCUUCCGUACCUUCAAGCUGGAGUACCGUAUGAGGUUACGGUGAAGGCUCGUAACGCCUUAGGAUGGGGCUCAUUCGCUCGAGAAAACGUGCUCGUUCAACUACCAACCGAAGAUCGUGAGAUGACGUCAUCAACAACAGUGGCCUCCUCACUUUUUGUUCUAUUGAUGACACUCGUCCUACGGCAUUAA